AUGGGUCUCUUGUAUGAUAUUUUUAUUAAUACAUAUUCUGAAUUAACUACUUUAAAUAAUGAGUUUAAUAAAUUAUAUAAACAUUAUAAUACAACUGAGGAUAGUGAUGAAUUAAUAAAUAAUGAAGAAUUUUUUAUUGAAAAUCAAGUGAGUGAUAAUAGCACAAUUGAAUAUGCUGAUAGUUUUGAGUUGGAUUUCUUUACACAGCAAGAAAUUGCAUUAUUUCAGCAAAUUUAUCAAAUCAAUUUAAUACAAAACUUUAUGAAAUAUGAAAAAAAAAGUCAAAUGUCUGAACAAGAUGAUCAAGUGUUUUUAACUAAAAUUCAACAAAUGGCUUGUUGUAAUAAAAAAUGCUUUAGUACUUUUAUUAAUCACAAUGAAGCCCUUAAAAGAUUUUCAACUACUGACUAUGAAGAAUGUAAAAAGCUUACAACAAGUAAUUAUAAAUUUCAAGGGGUUUCAGUUUGUCAGAAAGCUUGGCUUACUAUCUAUGCUAUUGGAAAAUCAAAAUGGAAAGCAAUUCGAACACAUUAUUCAAAAAAUGAUAUAAGUCCUAUAGUUCAUAGUCUUAAAGAAUGU